UGCGGGGCCGCGGCGAGGAGCCUCCGCCCCCCACCCGGUUGUUUUUCGGCGCCUCCCUCUCCUCGGCAGCGGUGGCGGCGGCAGCAUGGCGAGCCCUCCGGAGACCGACGGCUUCUCGGACGUGCGCAAGGUGGGCUACCUGCGCAAACCCAAGAGCAUGCACAAGCGCUUCUUCGUGCUGCGGGCGGCCAGCGAGGCGGGGGGCCCGGCGCGCCUCGAGUACUACGAGAACGAGAAGAAGUGGCGGCACAAGUCGAGCGCCCCCAAACGCUCGAUCCCCCUCGAGAGCUGCUUCAACAUCAACAAGCGGGCGGACUCCAAGAACAAGCACCUGGUGGCCCUUUACACCCGGGACGAGCAUUUUGCCAUCGCGGCGGACAGCGAGGCCGAGCAGGACAGCUGGUACCAGGCCCUCCUGCAGCUGCACAACCGGGCCAAGGGCCACCACGACGGGGCCGCGGCCCCCGGGGCAGGAGGCGGCGGGGGCAGCUGCAGCGGCAGCUCGGGCCUUGGGGAGGCUGGGGAGGACUUGAGCUACGGGGACGUGCCCCCAGGACCUGCGUUCAAGGAGGUCUGGCAGGUGAUCCUGAAACCCAAGGGCCUGGGUCAGACAAAGAACUUGAUUGGCAUCUACCGUCUCUGCCUGACCAGCAAGACCAUCAGCUUCGUGAAGCUGAACUCGGAGGCGGCGGCCGUGGUGCUGCAGCUGAUGAACAUCAGACGCUGCGGCCAUUCAGAGAACUUCUUCUUCAUCGAAGUGGGCCGUUCCGCAGUGACAGGACCUGGGGAGUUCUGGAUGCAGGUGGAUGACUCUGUGGUGGCCCAGAACAUGCACGAGACCAUCCUGGAGGCCAUGCGGGCCAUGAGCGAUGAGUUCCGUCCUCGAAGUAAGAGCCAGUCCUCCUCCAACUGCUCCAACCCCAUCAGCGUCCCCCUGCGCAGGCACCACCUCAACAACCCCCCGCCCAGCCAGGUGGGGCUGACGCGCCGCUCGCGGACCGAGAGCAUCACCGCCACCUCACCGGCCAGCAUGGUGGGCGGCAAGCAGGGCUCCUUCCGUGUGCGCGCGUCCAGCGACGGCGAAGGCACCAUGUCCCGCCCGGCCUCGGUGGACGGCAGCCCCGUGAGUCCCAGCACCAACAGGACCCACGCCCACCGGCAUCGCGGCAGCUCCCGGCUGCACCCCCCUCUCAACCACAGCCGCUCCAUCCCCAUGCCUUCUUCCCGCUGCUCGCCUUCCGCCACCAGCCCGGUCAGCCUGUCGUCCAGCAGCACCAGCGGCCACGGCUCCACCUCGGACUGUCUCUUCCCGCGGCGGUCUAGUGCUUCUGUGUCGGGUUCCCCCAGCGAUGGCGGCUUCAUCUCCUCCGAUGAGUACGGCUCCAGCCCUUGCGAUUUCCGAAGUUCCUUCCGCAGUGUCACCCCGGAUUCCCUGGGCCACACGCCACCGGCCCGCGGUGAGGAGGAGCUGAGCAACUACAUCUGCAUGGGAGGCAAAGGGUCCUCCACCCUCACCGCCCCCAAUGGUCACUACAUUUUGCCUCGGGGUGGCAACGGUCACCGCUGCGUCCCAGGAGCUGGCUUGGGUACGAGCCCAGCCCUGGCUGGGGAUGAAGCAGCCAGUGCUGUAGAUCUGGAUAAUCGGUUCCGCAAGCGGACUCACUCCGCGGGCACAUCCCCUACCAUUUCCCACCAGAAGACCCCAUCCCAGUCAUCUGUGGCUUCCAUUGAGGAAUACACAGAGAUGAUGAUGCCUCCCUACCCGCCAGGAGGUGGCAGUGGAGGCCGGCUGCCUGGCUACCGGCACUCUGCUUUCGUGCCCACCCACUCCUACCCUGAGGAGGGUCUGGAAAUGCACCCUUUGGACAGGCGUGGGGGCCACCACCGCCCAGACUCCUCCACUCUCCACACGGAUGAUGGUUACAUGCCUAUGUCCCCAGGAGUGGCGCCAGUGCCCAGCAGCCGAAAGGGCAGUGGCGACUAUAUGCCCAUGAGCCCCAAGAGCGUGUCGGCGCCGCAGCAGAUCAUCAACCCGAUCAGACGCCAUCCCCAGAGAGUGGACCCCAAUGGCUACAUGAUGAUGUCCCCAAGCAGCAGCUGCUCCCCGGACACUGGAGGUGGACCCAGCAGCAGCGCCGCCCCUUCUGGGAGCAGCUACGGCAAGCUGUGGACAAAUGGGGUAGGGGGCCACCACGCUCACGCCCUGCCGCAUCCCAAACUGCCCAUGGAGAGCGGGAGUGGCAAGCUCUUGUCUUGUACUGGUGACUACAUGAACAUGUCGCCAGUGGGGGGCUCCAACACCAGCAGCCCCUCCGACUGCUACUACGGCCCGGAGGACCCCCAGCACAAGCCAGUUCUCUCCUACUACUCAUUGCCAAGGUCCUUUAAGCACACCCAGCGGCCUGGGGAGCUGGAGGAGGGUGCUCGGCACCAGCACCUCCGCCUUUCCUCCAGCUCUGGCCGCCUUCUCUAUGCUACAACGGCGGAAGAUUCCUCCUCGUCCACCAGCAGCGACAGCCUGGGCGGGGUAUACUGUGGGGUGAGGCCGGAUCCUGGCCUCCCGCAUGUCCACCAUCAGGUCCUGCAGCCCCAUCUGCCUCGAAAGGUGGACACAGCUGCCCAGACCCACAGCCGCCUGGCUCGGCCCACGAGGCUGUCCCUGGGGGACCCCAAGGCCAGCACCUUACCUCGGGUCAGGGAGCAACAGCAGCUCCCGCCCCUGCUGCGCCCUCCCCCGGAGCCCAAGAGCCCCGGCGAAUAUGUGAAUAUUGAAUUUGGGAGUGAUCAGCCAGCUUAUUUAUCUGGUCCUGUGGCUUCCCACAGCUCGCCUUCUGUCAGGUGCCCAUCCCAGCUCCAGCCAGCUCCCCGAGAGGACGAGACUGGCACCGAGGAAUACAUGAACAUGGACCUGGGGCCAGGCCGGAGGGCGACCUGGCAGGAGAGCGCUGGGGUCCAGCCAGGCAGUGCGGGCCCUGCACCUCCCGGUGCUGCUAGCAUGUGCAGGCCUACCCGGGCAGUGCCCAGCAGCCGGGAGGACUACAUGACCAUGCAGAUGGGCUGCCCUGGGCAGGGCUACGUGGACACCUCACCAGUUGCCCCCGUCAGCUAUGCCGACAUGCGGACAGGCAUUGUUGUGGAGGAGGCCAGCCUUCCAGGGGCCACAGCGGCCGCUCCCUCCUCAUCCUCUGCAGCCUCUGCUUCCCCCACCGCGCCUCAAAAAGCAGGGGAGCUGGUGGCCCGCUCUUCCCUUCUGGGGGGCCCCCAGGGACCUGGGGGCGUGAGCGCCUUCACCCGGGUGAACCUCAGUCCCAACCGUACGCAGAGUGCCAAAGUGAUCCGUGCGGACCCACAAGGGUGCCGGAGGCGGCAUAGCUCUGAGACCUUCUCGUCCACACCGAGUGCCACCCGGGCGGGCAACGCGGUGCCCUUUGGAGGGGGGGCUGCUGUAGGGGGCAGCGGUGCUGGCAGCAGCACCACAGAGGAUAUGAAACGCCACAGUUCUGCUUCUUUUGAGAAUGUGUGGCUGAGGCCUGGGGAGCUCGGGGGAGCCCCCAAGGAGCCGGCCCAAGUGUGCGGGGCUGCUGGGGGUUUGGAGAAUGGGCUUAACUACAUAGACCUGGAUUUGGUCAAGGACUUCAAACAGCGCCCUCAGGAGCGCCCCCCUCAACCGCCCCUGCCCCCGCCCCCUCAUCAGCCUCUGGGCAGCAGGGAGAGCCGCUCCAGCAGCCGCUCCAGCGAGGAUUUAAGCGCGUAUGCCAGCCUCAGUUUCCAGAAGCAGCCAGAGGACCUCCAGUAGCUCAACUGGGCAUCACAGCAGAAUGAAGACCUGAAUGACCUCAGCAAAUCCUCCCUAUCCUCAUGGGUACCCAGACUCUGAAUAUUUCAUGAUUCACAACCAGGACCUCACAUCUUCCUCCUCAGUAGAUGGUACGAUGCAUCCAUUUCAGUUUGUUUACUUUCUACAAUCCUCAGGAGCUCCUUGACUGAACUGCACGUACUAUAUUGUGCCAAGCAAAAAAGCACUGUGACACCAGAACUAUGAGUCUGCAUAAACUUCAUCUUCAACCUUAAGGACUUAGCUGGCCACGUGAGCUGAUGGGCCCACCACCAUGCCACAAGAGAAUGGGUUUACUCUCAUUGCAUUUACAAGAUCCAUUUCAUCUGCUGCUGAAACUGUGUAUGACAAAGCAUCGUUGUAAAUUAUUUCAUACAAAACUGUUCGCGUUGGGUGGAGAGAGUAUUAAAUAUUUAACAUAGGUUUUGAUUUAUAUGUGUAAUUUUUUUUAAUUAAAAUGUAACUUUUCUUACAGCACAUCUCUUUUUUGGAUGUGGAACUGAGGUAUACAAUGUUCUGUUGUAAAGAGUGGAGCAAAUACUUAAAACAAGGCUAACAAGAGUAGACUAGGGUACGAUCCUUGUUUUAAGAUUGUAAUUCAGAAAAAUAAUAUAAUAAGAAUCAUAGUGCCAUUAGAUGGUUCUCAGUUGUAUAGUUAUAUUUGCGGAUACUAUCUCUUGUAAUAUAGCCCUGAUGUUGAGCUGAGAUCCUUACAAGAAUUGAUCUUAAUUUUGUAUUUUUCCUGUAAGGCAAUAGGCCAUGUUAAUUAAACUGAAGAAGGAUAUAUUCUCCUGGGUAUUUUCAAGUGUCAGCUUAAAAUUGGCCAUUGAAUGGAAGCAAAAUUACAAGCAAAGGAAAUCAAAGUCUUCCAUUGUAUAUACUGUAAAGAGGAGGAGACUUGGGUGAUCCCUUUAAAUCAAAAGCUCUCUUUGGAAUGAACAAUGUGGGUGUUUGUAAAUUCUGGAAAUUUCUUUCUAUUCAUAAUAAACUAGAGACUGUCGAUCUUUUCUUCUCCCCCUCCCCCCACUUCUGUAAGUUUCCUGCUACCAUUUUUUUUUUUCCGUGCACACGUUAGGAUAUUUUAUUUCUGGCAUUUCUCGAGAAAGGUGGUAAGACAAGUGAGUGCUUGUCUUUGACUUCUAACCAGAAGUUAAAAUUCCAGAAAAAUGGUUUU